AUGGUAGGGGUGGAAGGGGGGUUCUCUACGGACCCUGGUGGCAGCAGCUCCCACCACAUGUUUAUACAGGAUGAUGGGGAGAAGGGGUGGAGAGACUGUGGUGUUGCUGCCCCCCCCAAAGCAACAACACCUCUUGCAGAGGUAUUACAGUCACCGUUUGGUUCCACUCAAAAAUCUUUAGAAAAAGCUGCAGCAAUUCAGUCAACGCUGCGCUCGAGUCCUCACAACACUAAGAAAAGUGGAUCCAACAUCACCCUCCUGUCUGAAAUUCGAUGGGAGAAGAAUAUUACAUUAGGGGAGCCUCCUGGAUUCCUCCAUUCGUGGUGGUGUGUAUUCUGGGACUUGUAUUGUGCGGCUCCAGACCGAAGGGAGACAUGUGAGCACUCCAGUGAGGCGAAGGCCUUCCAUGACUAUAGCGCAGCGGCAGCGCCCAGCCCUGUGAUGGGCAACAUGCCCCCCAACGACGCCAUGCCCGGCGGUCCCAUGCCCCCUGGCUUCUUCCAGGGACCACCCGGCUCCCAGCAAUCCCCUCAUGCACAGCCCCCCCCACACAACCCCAGCAACCCAAUGAUGGGACCCCAUGGCCAGCCUUUCAUGUCACCACGGUAUCCAGGUGGACCGCGCCCCGGACUCCGAAUGCCAAAUCAGCCUCCGGGGGGAAUCCCUGGAUCUCAGCCUCUCCUGCCAAACAGUUUGGAAACGAUCAGACCGCAAGGACAUCCUAACAUGGGUGGACCAAUGAGGAUGAACCCUCCUAGAGGAAUGGCUAUGGGCCCACAGAAUUAUGGAGGUAUGAGGCCACCUCCAAACUCCAUGGGCGGCCCCAUGCCAGGAAUGAACAUGGGUCCCGGAGGAAGAGGGCCGUGGCCUGGACCGAAUGCUAACUCUAUAGCAUACUCCUCCUCAUCUCCAGGAAACUAUGUGGGUCCUCCAGGGGGAGGCGGUCCACCAGGAACUCCCAUCAUGCCCAGCCCAGGUGAUUCAACUAACUCCAGUGAAAACAUCUAUACAAUGAUGAAUCCAAUCGGACCGGGAGGCAACAGACCCAAUUUCCCUAUGGGGCCGGGGCCUGACGGGCCGAUGGGAGCUAUGGGAGCCAUGGAGCCUCACCACAUGAACGGAUCACUAGGGUCUGGGGAUAUGGACGGGUUGCCAAAGAGCUCCCCUAAUAACAUGGGGGGCAUGAACAACCCUCCAGGAACGCCGAGAGAUGACGGCGAAAUGGGCGGGAACUUCUUGAACCCAUUCCAAAGCGAAAGUUAUUCACCCAACAUGACGAUGAGUGUGUGAUUUUAUUUUAUUUUCCUUUUUUUGUAUUUUUCUUUAUUUUCCCCCUCCUAUUUUUGUACCCCUGCACCUGAUUAUUUUUUUUUUCUUUUUCUUCAAUUCAAACCUUACUUCACCUCGGAUUGGACGACCUCCCCCUCCUCACACACACCCUCUUCCUGACCAACCAUACGGGAUCCAUUUCCCCUUCCUCACUCGGGAACUGUACGGCCACACAGCCUUCUGUGACAGCCCUUGAGCAUGCUGGGACUCUAAUUAAGACUGGCCCUCCUGGAGCAUGCAAGAUGGCCGCCGGUCUGAACAGGAAGCAGUCACAGAGCAACAGGAAGAGCCUCCUCUCUGACUCCCGCCCCGGCCUCCCUGGCUUCCUGUCAGGUUCUAGACAAUGAGCGAAGGGUAGGAGGACAAACAGAGAGACAGAGGGAGAGGAGACUGUCUCCCCCUCUCAGGAGGACGCAGCGUUUUAGCAGCCGCUUCUCAACCACUUCGGACUUUUAUCUUCAAUUUGUUUGUCGCUGUUCCACCCGAUGGAUUCAGUUUGCCCGCCCGCAUUGUUCUCUCGGUGUGUACAUUUUUACCUGAGGUGUUGUGAUUUUUCUUUUUUUCUCCCCCCGUUUUUUGUGUACGUAUUGUAUCAUUGCUAUUUUUAUUAUUGUAUUAUUGUUAUUAAUGAUAUUGAUAUGAUCAUUUUUAAGAUUAGGUUCUAAUUUCUGUUGUUUCUAAGUGCACAUUAUUUUAUUGAAGACACAUGUGCGCUCAAAUUAGAAAUGAUUUGCCGGGUAACAUGUGAGCACACUCCCCCCUGCAGGUGAGAUUUUAUCCAUCAAGGUACUGAUUGGCUCGUUUUAAAAAAAAGUUUUAGCAACAAUCUGAUUUUAAACUCCUUUUUCAAUCAUCCAAACCAGAAGAAGAAGUGGCUCCUGUUUUGUUUUUUUCUUUUGAUCUUCCAUGCAGUGAGAUGCACAGCUCUAUUUAUUUAUGUACUUUACAUUUGUCUUAUGAGUCAUUGUUACUUUUUUUUAAAGUGUUAUCCCUGGUUUAUUUGUUAAUUGCAGAACUAGUAGCAACUGUGUAAAUAUGCAGAUCCAGUCAGCAGCCCCUCCAUCAUUAGACCCCCGUACCCAGGCCCUGAAGGUGCCCCCCCCCCCCCAUGCUGCUUCCACUAACGCUGCCCUCUUAGGUUACUGUUCACUCCAACAUGUGCGUAGGCUGCGGUAUGGCCUCUGCUGAACUGUAGUUGGAUUGUUUUUUGUUUUGCUGAUGAGCUCCCAACACACUGUGAUGUAUGUCUGUGCUUUUUGGAUAUUUGCUUUUACACGCUCUCAGUUCAGCUUGCAGACAUGUUGUUGUCACCCGUGCAGCGCUCCCUCUGAAAGGGCUCUCAGCUGAUCGAAUCCUGGGCGGUUUUUUUAAUGUCGGAGCAAAGCAGGAAACGUAAAGGCGUUGCUCUGCUGACUGUGACGAGUGGCCUCCCUCCCUUGGGUCAUCUUGAAGAAAAACACCUCCGUCCCUUCCUCACCUUUCCUACGGGCCAGCAAACACACCACCCCUCUCUGAUUAUCUUUUUUUUUUUUUACAACUUUCCAUCUUUUAAUUUUAAUUUUUUUGUAAAUACUGUAAAAUGCAUUUUGAUAUCAUUGACAUGUUUUGAUAUUUUCAAAUCACGACAACAGUUGAUCAGAAACGUGCUGAUUCGGGGCAACUGUGUGUGUUUGUUCAGAGACAUGGUGUGUCUUUGACGAUAAGAAACAAACUGGAGCUGCUAUAGACUAUUAUGCUAUUUCACCUCAUCACUGACAGACGUGGCGCUUCACUGUGCAUCAGAGCUGUGGCGUCAAGGGGUCUCAGAGGACGACCAUUUUGUAGUGAGUGUGUUUGAACGCCUUUUAGCUGACUCAGUCACACACAUUAUCUUAACAAAUCUUUAAAUUAAACGCGAUUCUUGAGCAGGAGCCUCCCUCCUCUGCUGUACAGUUGGCAAAACAGUCAUAUUUUUCACUGUUUGACAGAGAAUUUGCAAGAAUAGAGCAAAAACAGGCCAGUUUUUCAUAAUAAAAAGAAUGCCACGGACAUUUAACUACCCACAAUUAAAAUAAGCCACAGGACGCUGGCUCUCAGCCCGACACACCAGGUACCAGAGUACAGACUUUACUAUGAAGGAUUUUUUUUUAUCUAUUUAAAAUGGGGUGGGGAGAAAUGUUUUGGGAAAGUAAAGAGAAAAAAAAAAUAACAAACAGAUUUGUUCUUAUUGCUGAGAAGAGGUAGAGAAAGUGCGGGAGCAGGCGUUUCGUCCCCUGUACUUUGAAAUACUGUUGUAUAAAAUGCAGUUGAACUUCUCUAUCUUUCUGUCCUGUAAGUAAAACCGUCACAACGUUGAUCAUUUCUGUAUUUCUAUUGUGCUGAUGUAUAAUACUGUAACAUUCAGGGGUAGGGAGGGUUAAGAGAGGAUUUGGAGGGGUGUAAAGAUUUUUCUGUUCAGUUCCUCAUUUCUUUUCUCUUAAUGACAAAGCAGUAUUGAAUAUAAGGCAGUCUGUCCCCGGGGGGUUGCUUUGUAUCUCAUGUUAGGGUAGUUUCAGAUCCUAAAUGUCUCGUGUAGUAAAAUGAGAGGUUCCUUCUUCGUACGUUUCUUUAUAUUGUAAAGUUUCUUUAGACAAAAAAAUGUUGCUUAUUGGAAAAAAAGGUGGGAAAAUGCAUUGAUAAUAAAUGUAAUUCUUUUGGGGUUUUGUUUUAAUUUUCAUCAAGUUGUCAGUCGUUUUUGCCUGUGUCCCCCUUGUUGUAGAUACAUAUUAAAAACAAAUAAAAUGACUUCACUCCUUU